UCCCUGCAGACCACACCUCACACGGACCUGACCCCAUGGAGGGACUGACCCCCUGCAGGGACCCCCAGCUCACCCCAGCCAAUGGCCCCAUGGGGAGGAGCUGCUCCAGGGGAUAAAAGCCUGUGUGGGGUCCGCAGCACAGCCACGGGUCCGUGUCCUCCUCCUGCCGCCACCAUGGUGCACUGGACAGCCGAGGAGAAGCAGCUCAUUGCCAGCCUCUGGGGCAAGGUCAACGUGGAGGAAUGCGGAGCCGAGGCCCUGGCCAGGCUGCUGAUCGUCUACCCCUGGACACAGAGGUUCUUUGACAACUUUGGGAACCUGUCCAGCCCCACGGCCAUCAUCGGGAACCCCAAGGUCCGUGCCCAUGGCAAGAAGGUGCUCACCUCCUUCGGGGAGGCCGUCAAGAACCUGGAGAACCUGAAGGCCACCUACUCCAAGCUGUCGGAGCUGCACUGUGAGAAGCUGCACGUGGACCCCGAGAACUUCAGGCUCCUGGGAGACAUCCUCAUCAUCGUGCUGGCCGCACACUUCACCAAGGACUUCACCCCUGCCUGCCAGGCCACUUGGCAGAAGCUGGUCGGUGUGGUUGCCCAUGCUCUGGCCUACAAGUACCAUUAA